GCAUAAAUCCAUUCAAUCUUCUCGAAGUUUGAAGCUUUUGAGCAAGAACCCUCCGUCCUUUCCCAAUCCCCCGAUUUCCCAGUUCUGCAAUUUCUCCAUUGGUUCACUCCAGGCUACCUGAACCUUUCAAUCUUCAACUCUCCUGUUCUGAAAGAAAAGAGUUUUGUUGGGUUGAUUGGAUUCGAUGGAUACCAAUAAGUGGAGGCCUUCUCAAGUUGGAGAGGCCGCCAUGGAUGCCGGCGAUUGGAGGAGUCAGCUGCAGGCUGAUUCAAGGCAAAGAAUUGUCAACAAGAUAAUGGAUACAUUGAAGAGGCAUCUUCCCUUCUCCGGACAAGAUGGAUUGCAGGAACUCAGCAAAAUUGCUGUAAGGUUUGAGGAAAAGAUUUAUACUGCAGCCACAAGCCAGUCGGAUUAUCUACGGAAAAUUUCUCUGAAGAUGCUCACAAUGGAGACCAAGUCUCAGAAUUCAACGGGCAAUCCUUUACAAUCUAACUCUGCUGGUAACAGCAACAGGCCCCCUGAUCAAGGGUCUUUUGGUAUGCAACCCCAAGUCCCCAAUCAAGGUAUGCAACCCCAAGUCCCCAAUCAUGGGCAAUCACUUUCUAUGCCGUUGCCAGCUAAUCAAUCUCAAGGACGCCAACCACUUUUAUCACAGAACAUUCAGAAUAACAUUCCGCCUUCUGGAGUUCAAAGUUCGUCUGGCUUAUCAUCCGCACUACCUCCUUCUUCCAGUUUAACCCAGACUCCUAUCCCAAGUAUUGUUGGACAAAACCCAAACAUGCAAAAUAUGUCCGGAAGUUCACAGAAUUCAUUAGGGAAUUCCAUGGGCCAGGGGGUACCCUCCAAUGUCUUUACUAAUUCUCAAAGGCAAAUGCCAGGAAGGCAACAGGUAGUUCCCCAACAGCAGCAGCCGCAGCAAUCCCAGAAUUCCCAGAAUUCCCAGCAGUAUAUGUACCAUCAACAGAUGCAACAUUCGCUUUUGAAGCCAAAAUAUCAGCAGGGAAAUAUGCCACAACUUGUGCAACAGCAACAGCAGCAGAACCUUUUACAAUCGACUCCGUUGCAAUCUUCCCAGCAAUCUGUUAUGCCAGCAUCAUCUGUUAUGCAGACAUCGGUGCAACCAUCUCUCUCGAGUCUUCAGCAGAAUCAACAAUCUGCUAUGCAACAGUCAUCACAACCCAUGCUUCAGCAGCAUUCACAGCCAGUUCUCAGACAGCAACAGCAGCCUCAACAGGCUGUUGUUCAUCAACAGCAAACACCAAUGGCACAACAGCCAAUAUUACCCCCGCAGCAGCAGCAGCAGCCACCGCUUAUGGUGCAACAGCCAACUGCUUCAAACUUGUCCCAGAAUCAGAUGAUUGGACAACAAAAUAAUGUCGGGGAUAUGCAGCAGCAGCAACAACAGAGGUUACUAAACCAGCAGAAUAAUCUUUUAAACCUUCAACAACAGCAACAGCAACAGCAACAGCAACAGCAGCAGCAGCAGCAGCAGCAGCAGUUAAUGGCUCAGCAAAGCAACCUUUCUAAUAUCCAUCAGCAACAAUUGGGCCCGCAGAGUAAUGUUACUGGGUUACAGCAACAGCAGCAAAACAACCUUUCAAAUAUACAUCAGCAGCAGUUGGGCUCUCAGAGUAAUGUUACCGGAUUACAGCAACAGCAGCACCUUGGAACUCAAAGUGGUAAUUCUAGUAUGCAACCAAAUCAGCACUCUGUACACUUGUUGCAACAAUCCAAGGUUCAGGUGCAGCAGCAACAACAUCAGAAUGCAUCUAACAUGUUACCGACUCAAGGACAGCAGUCACAACCGCAAGCAUCACAGCAACAAAUGAUGUCACAGAUUCAACCACAGCCUGCACAGAUGCAACAAAUGGGUUUGCAACAGCAGUCAAAUCCACUGCAACGAGAUAUGCAGCAAAGGCUUCAAGCAUCAGGUCAGAUAUCAGGAACCAUGCUUCAAGCUCAAAACGUAAUGGAUCAGCAAAAGCAGUUAUAUCAAUCUCAGAGACCCCUCCCUGAGACAUCAUCGACUUCUCUAGAUUCCUCAGCUCAGACUGGACAUGCAAAUGGGGGUGAUUGGCAAGAGGAGGUCUAUCAAAAAAUCAAAGUCAUGAAGGAAAAGUACUUACCCGAACUAAGUGAAAUGUAUCACAAAAUUGCUACUAAACUUCAGCAGCACGAUUCUCUUCCACAACAACCAAAGUCAGAGCAGCUUGAGAAGCUAAAAAUGUUCAAAACCAUGUUAGAGCGCCUCAUAUCAAUCUUACAGGUUUCCAAGAGUAACAUUUCACCUGGUUUGAAAGACAAGUUGGGUUUAUAUGAGAAGCAGAUAGUAAAUUUUAUUAAUACAAAUAGACCGAGGAAGCAAGGUCCUCCUCUGCAACAAGGGCAGCUGCCCCCACCUCAUUUGCACUCCAUGCAGCAGCCGCAGUCUCAAAUUCCUCAAGUGCAGUCUCAUGAAAACCAAAUGAACCCGCAGUUGCAAACAAUGAAUUUACAAGGUUCUGUGCCAACAAUGCAGCAGAACAAUAUGACAAGUUUGCAGCAAAAUUCAAUGUCUUCGAUAUCUGGGGUUUCAACAGCACAGCAGAACAUGAUGAAUUCAUUGCAGCCGAGUACAAAUUUGGAUUCAGGACAGGGAAAUGCACUGAACUCUUUGCAGCAAGUUCCGGUGGGAUCUAUCCAACAAACUCCUGUCAGUGCUCCCCAGCUAGCUAACAUGAAUGGUUUGUCAUCACAGAAUGGGGUUAGUAUGCUUCAGCCAAAUAUUAACUCCCUUCAGUCAAAUUCUGGUAUGCUUCAACACCAGCAAUUAAAACAGCAGGAACAGCAAAUGCUUCAGAAUCAACUGAAGCAGCAGUAUCAACAGCGAAUGCAGCAGCAACUGAUACAGAAGCAGCUGCAACAGCAACAGCAGCAGCAGCAACCGCAGCAACAGUUGCAGCAAGCAAAGCAGCAGCUUCCGGCGCAGAUGCAGGCGAACCAACACCAAAUGCCACAGCUUCAUCAAAUGAAUGAUGCAAAUGACUUGAAGAUGAGACAGGGGAUGGGUGUUAAGCCAGGGGUUUUUCAGCAACAUAUGUCCUCAGGCCAGCGUGCUUAUCCUCAUCAGCAGUUGAAAUCAGGAUCUCCAUUUCCUAUUCCUUCAUCAAACCAACUCCUUCAGGCCGCAUCUCCUCAAAUUUCGCAACAUUCUUCUCCCCAAGUUGACCAGCAGAAUCUACUGACUCACCCGAAAGCUGGAACGCCAUUGCAAACUGCCGGUUCACCUUUUGUCAUCCCAUCUCCUUCAACUCCCAUGGCUCCAUCGCCCAUGCCAGGGGAUUCUGAGAAACCUUCCUCACUACCAAAUGCUGGGAAUAUCGGACAUCAACAAGCAGCUGGGGUGGGAGCACCAGUCCAGUCCCUUGCAAUUGGCACCCCUGGGAUAUCGGCAUCUCCUUUGCUUGCUGAAUUUAGUGUACCAGAUGGUAGUCAUGUUAAUGCUUUGUCAACUAUUUCUGGCAAGUCGAGUGUUACCGAGCAGCCCCUUGAACGCUUGAUUAAGGCGGUGAAAUCGAUGUCGCCUAAUGCAUUGAGUGCAUCUGUCAGUGACAUUGGCUCAGUUGUUAGUAUGGUUGAUAGGAUAGCAGGGUCAGCCCCAGGUAAUGGAUCUAGAGCUGCAGUCGGUGAGGAUUUGGUUGCGAUGACAAAGUGUCGUCUGCAAGCAAGAAACGUUAUGACUCAUGAUGGAUCAAAUGGGACUAGGAAGAUGAGGCGCUACGCUAGUGCCAUGCCCUUAAAUGUUGUGUCUUCAGCUGGCAGUAUGAAUGAAAGUUUCAAGCAGUUGAUCAAUUCAGAGACAUCUGACCUGGAGUCAACUGCAACAUCUCGUAUCAAGAGGCCUAGGGUUGAGGCUAAUCAUGCUCUUCUGGAAGAAAUAAGAGAAAUAAAUCGGCUGCUUAUCGACACAGUUGUUGAUAUCAGUGAUGAAGAUGUUGACCCUAGUGCAGCCGCUGCUGAAGGGGGUGAGGGGACUCUUGUCAAGUGCUCUUUUGAUGCUGUGGCUCUCAGUCCAAGCUUGAAAUCGCAGUAUGCUUCAGCACAAAUGUCACCAAUUCAGCCAUUAAGACUGCUUGUUCCCACAAAUUACCCCAACUGCUCUCCAAUACUCUUGGACAAGUUUCCAGUUGAAGUCAGUAAAGAGUAUGAAGAUCUUUCUGUGAAGGCCAAAUCGAUGUUUAGCAUAUCUCUACGAAGCAUUUCACAGCCCAUGUCCCUUGGGGAGAUAGCAAGGACUUGGGAUGUUUGUGCACGUGCAGUUAUUUCUGAGCAUGCGCAGCAAAGCGGUGGAGGAAGUUUCAGCUCAAAGUACGGGACAUGGGAGAACUGCUUGAGCGCUGCUUGAUCCAUCCUGUAUUUAUCCCUGAACAAAGGUAUUCCGAGGAUUGUUGUGAUAACGGCGAUGAUAUUUCGCUGUGAUGUUUGAAGCAGUUUUUUGAUUGUCUAUAGGCAGACAUGUGUAGGAGGAACUUACCUUAGUCUGUUGUGGGAAAUAAUCUUGGGGGAUUUAUUUAACUUCUUGUUGGUUUUUGUUGAAAAUGCGGCCUCAAGCCGCUUUGUGACGUCUGUUUGUAAAGAGUACUGUGUCAAUAUUUUCCUUGGGUUGUUUAUAAGAUGGGGAUAUCCAAGUAAACAGUAAUUGAACUUG